GGUUGUCGCAGCCUGUACGCGCAAGCGUCAUCGGCGACCCGAAAAGUGUGCCUGUGCAGGUUCGCCAUGGGUUCAUCAGCGUUCUGGGCAACGUUCUCUCGUGCUUGCAUCCAGGUUCCCAUUCUCCAAUUCGCACUUUCUUGCAACCUUGACAUGCCGACGGCAUCAGCGCCCGCCACCACGGCCAUCGCCCUCGACAUGGCGGCAUUCGAAUGGACGUCGAUUGAGAUGGAGUUUAGCAGCAACGAUCUCGACUUGGUGUGGACGGUCGACCGCUGCUUGCACUGCGGUCUCCUAGCCGCCGCAUGUCAAUGCACUGUGGUCCUGCAGCAGAGUCCCCCCGUGACGAUCGACGUCAACGUGGUCGACUUUGGUGGUACUUUCUCCGACAUGGCGCCUCCCCCGACGACCCACCCCUCUUCCAGUGCAUCGAAGUGAUACCACCUUUUAUGCGAUUUAUUUAACUGCGAAAUUUCUUUGACAAAACAAA